GAGCCAAAAUGGCGGCCUAGCUCAUCCCUCGAGAACACCUUGGGAGGGAAAAGUGUUGUCCAAUUAGAGACAAAGCGAGAAGACAAGAAAGGGGAAAUAAAAUCCACACGCCUACUCUGCCUUAGCAGUUGUUUUAGUGACAAAACAACAGCUCUGUUUUUCAUACGAAGUUUAAAAAGACGGCUGGCUAUGCAUCUAUCCUAGCUUAGCUGUUAGUAACUUGACUAUUUUUACGUGGACUGCGACAGCUCAGCAUAAGGUGUGCCUUUGCUCGUUGUUGUGUUCCCAGUAAAUCCCAGAAUAUGGCUCAGUGGGACAAACUGAGGCAGCUCUCUGACAGCUACUGGCAGCAGCUACAUGAGCUCUACGACAGGGAUGGUUUGCCUAUGGAUGUUCGCCACUACCUGUCGGCUUGGAUUGAGAAGCAGGAGUGGCAACGAGCGGCAAGGGACUACAGCCUUGCCAUGGUGCUGUACCAGGUCCUGCUGGAGAAUCUGGAUAUCCAGCACAGCCGCUUUGUUCAGGAGGAGUCGUUCUUACAGCAGCACAACAUCAGACGCUAUAAACAGACCUUCCAGAGGUAUCAGGACGAUCCCUGUGCUUUGGCCAAAACAAUCCUGUGGUUUUUGGAGAAAGAGAAGGAGAUCCUGGACAGCGCUGAGCUGGAUGAACAGGUGCAGCUUUUGCGUGUUGAGCAGGAAGCCAUGGAGACAACCUGUCAGCAGGAGCUCGAACGGAAAAUGGCCGGGCUGAGGAAUGAUGUGCAGUGUUUGGAACAUGCGAUUAUAUGCCUGGAGGAGCAGCAAGAUGAGUUUGAUUUUAAAUAUCAAACCCACAAGAUGGAAGCUGUGACCGAUGAAGCACAGAGGAAUGGAUUAAUGAAACUGUUUCAGUCACUAAUCAAUAGACUGAAUGAAUGUAGAAAGAGCACUCUAGCAGACUUGAACAAGCUUCUGGACCGAGCUGAAGAUCUGAUCAACCUGCUGGUGCGGAAGGAGCUGGUGGACUGGCAGAGGAGGCAGCAGAAAUCCUGCAUCGGUGCUGCAGACAAUGUUUGCCUGGAUCAGCUGGAAAAGUGGUUCACCUGUGUGGCAGUGUGUCUGUUCCAGGUGCGGGAGUUUCUCAAUAAGCUCGAGGAGCUAGUAGGAAAAAUGUCCUAUGAAAACGACCCUGUUAAGGUCCAGAAACCUACGUUACAGAGGAGAGCAGACGAUCUUCUUAAAGACUUACUCAAGAGUUCGUUUGUGGUUGAGACGCAGCCAUCCAUGCCCCAGGGAAAAGGACCCCUGGUUCUGCGUACAAAUGUCCAGUUCUCUGUUAAGACAAGACUGCUGGUGAAAUUUCCGGAACUGAACCACUCCAUGAAAGUGAACGUGUCCAUGUCCAGGGAGGCUCCUCAGAUCAAAGGAUAUCGGCGCUUUAAUGUCCUGGGAACUGCGACUAAAGAUUUGAACAUAGCUGAGAGCCUCAGCGGAGGAAUGGUUGCAGAUUUCAGACAUCUGAGUCUGAGGGAGCAGAAAUCUGGAGGGGCCGGAAGAGGAAUCAGUGAUAUUUCGCUGAGUGUUACUGAGGAGCUGCACAUUAUCUACUUCAACACUGUGUUUGAGCUGAAAGGCUUUUCAGUAGAGCUGCAGGCCUCCUCUCUUCCUGUGGUCAUUAUCUCAAACUCCAGCCAGCAGCAAAGUGCCUGGGCAUCUAUCCUCUGGUUCAACAUGCUUAGUCUGGAUCCAAAGGAUAUUAUGUUUUUCGCCAACGUUCCUGCAGCUCCUUGGCCACAGUUUGCAGAGAUGUUGAGCUGGCAGUUUCUGUCUGCCACAAAACGGGGCCUGGAUGACGAUCAGCGCAACAUGAUCGCCCACAAGCUAUUUGGGAAGCAGCAGAACUAUGACCCCUGCAAAGUGACGUGGUCAAAAUUUAUGAAGGAAAAUAGUCCUGACACUUUCUUUGUGUGGUUUGAUGGCAUCUUGGUGAUGGUGAAAACCUACCUGGAGGACCUCUGGAGAGAAGGUCUCAUCAUGGGCUUUGUGAGCAAAGGUAAAGAGAAGCUCCUCCUGAGGAGGAAGAAGAGGGGCACGUUCUUGUUGCGCUUCAGUGAAAGCGUGGUGGGAGGAAUCACCUUCUCCUGGGUGGAAAUAGACGCAAACGGUGAGCCUGAUAUAAAAACGGUCCAGCCCUUCACCAAAGUUGACCUCAACCAGAUCCAGUUCCACGAAAUCAUCAGGAAUUUCCAGAUCUUGGAAGCCGAAAACAUCCCGGAAAGUCCUCUACUUUUCCUGUAUCCCGACACCCCAAAAGAUGAAGCUUUUGGAAAGUGGUACUCUGAGAUAAGUGGAGGUGACAAUCCUUACCUGAAAUACAUCAAAACCAAACUGAUGUUUGUUUCUAAAGAGAACACACUGGAGGCUAGGUCUCCCAUGCACUGUGACAUGACACAGGGUGAAGGCCCGGAGCCAAUGAAUGGCCUGUAUGGAGAGGCAGCUGAACAAGAGGAUGAGUCUCAUCCUCUCUCGUUACAACUGGAACCCUUUCAGGACCCCAUGCUGAGCGGCUCUAUUGAACACCCUGUUGACGAGCUGCAGUUGUUUUUGGACAACCCUAACAUUUUUGACUCUGACUUCAGUCACCAAGAUCAAGUCUCGACCGAUUUCAGCCUUCCUGCACUUAACUUCCUGCCUGCACAACCCUGUGGAGGCAUUUUCCAGUAGAUCUGCGCAUACCUGCCACAGCACUGUGCAAAUAUCCCUCGGCUAGGCCUUAGCUGCUUACAUCAUAAAAUUCAUGUAUGCUAAUGUGAUGCAGGUAAGAAGUUGAACAUAAACGUUAACAGCUUGUUUAUUUUCCUAUCAUGUUAAUGUCCCGCAGCCAAUCUUCUUCACCUGUGUAAUAUUUCAUGUAAACAAAACUUUGAUGACUGAAGGAGCCGGUUUAUAUCAACUGCCAACCAGGAAUUUUAGCAACCCGUUAUGUGAAGAUCAGAGGCACAAAAGGGAUUUAAAGGAAACUGACCAUGGUGGGGAGUAUUGUACGAAGCACUUUACACCAUUUCGCCAUUGCGGCACUUAAAUUAUUGUCUUCCUGCUGGGUUCAAACAUUGUUUUUUGAUGUUUUCACCUUGAAGCACACGGACCUUUUGAAAAAAUGUUCCUAGAAAAAGACACUCCUGUGAUCAUGUUAUCGAUAUUCUGCCAAAAUGUGCUUAAUUUAAUUAAAAUGUUCCCUUAUCACAAACAAAAACAACAUAAUUUCUGUGUAACUUGUAAAAAUGUAUCCUUUUCCCUUGUUUUAUCUACUUCAUGUUUAUUUCCAAAGCUUGGCUUUUCCGUUCUGUCUGUACCACAACCAUAUUUGCCUGUAUAAGCCCACUUGAUCAUCUAUAGGAACAUUUUUUUUUUUUUUUUUUUUGCAUACUCUUAUCUGUUCUUUCAAUCUCACAUAGGUUGAAGUUUUGGGAAGAAAGUCUGUGUUUUUCUUCAGUGGUUCAUGUAACCUUAUUUGGAUUUGUGGAGCUAAUGUGAAUCGUUACUAAUCAUCUGUCUUAUUUGAGAUUUAAAAUCGUAUUGUUUUGUCUCCCCGUUAAUCAAUGCUUCUUUUUGAUAAUUUGAUCCACUUGAGUUAUUUAAUAAAUUUUGUUCAAAGGA